GCAGUUUUGUUGAUUUGAUUUGCUUGCGUUGCCUCGUAAGCGAAAACGUUUUGUAUACUUUAAUCACUAAAUUGGGGCACUUUUCACGCGAAUCGUUUGACGAAAGUGUAUCCAAUAUCGUUAAAUUUUCAUGUUUCAACAGUAUUGCAAUUUUGUAAGCUAAAAGUUCACCUCGCUCUAUACUUCUUUUAAUCCGGUAGCCAUCAACCAUCGAUUUUUUUUCGUGAUUCAAUAGUGCUCAGUUCAUAAUCUUAUCGCCUGUUCACGAUGAUGCCCGCAAGCAAUAGCGAAGGAACGGCAGGUGGAACAGGUGGCAGCAGUAAAAGUGACACGUCCUCACGGGCUGCCCCGAUAAAAAAUCCAUUGCUAAGCAUGCAAGUCACUGGUCUGACUUUGGACGAUUUCUCUCACAAUGCCCUAUUGCUGCCAGCUGCACCGGUGCCGACUCCGACCGUCAUUCAUGAUGCACCUCCUCCUUUGUUGGAAAUCAGCCGGGAAGCGGAAACAACAGAUAUCAAAAAGCCUGUUAUCUUUAGUCCACUGCAACCUGGGGUGGUUCCUGAUUUGCAGGACUCCGAUAGUUUUAGUGAAAUUGAUCUUCACUCAACUACCGAUUCGUUGAACAACGCGCCUUCCUCGGCCACCGAGUAUAAUCCAUUGCAGGAUCUUGAAGAGUCGGAAGCAAAAAACCAGGAGUCAAAUUCCUAUCUCCAGCAGACAUCGGCUAUUACAGCGCAAUUCGCUGCGCAGUUGCCCACUGUAGCAUCGACUGUAUUUUCUACUUUCAGUAGAGUUAUAAAGGGUUCUUCACCAGUACCACAACAGCAGCCUAUCAGUCAACCCGUUCAACCAUCUCCGAUUCCACACGCAAGCUACGACUACACACAGUCAAACUUUGGUAGUAAUUCAGAGUCUGGUACUGAUUAUCAGCAACCAUUGCCGCCUCCCCCAACAUUUUUCAAUCCAGAGGCAAUCGGUUCAACUGGACCUGCUAAUAGUUCUGUUGCAGCACCGACCGGAGCGAACACCUACCGACUUGGUGGAAAUAAAAAGAAAACUUAUGCGCACAUUCCCGGUUUAAGUUCAACUGUGCCACCUCCAGCUACAGUUACUGACUUACAAAACCAAGAAAUCAAAACAUUUAUUUCCCCUCAAGAAACGCAAUCUGGUCCGUUUCCUACACAGCCUGCUCAAGAACAAGCUAAAUCGGGUUUCUCCUUCUUUGAGAAAAUACCUAAUUUACUAGAAAAAAUCCCAAAAUCAGCAUUCGGACCAUUGCCACCGUCAACAAUUGCCCCAAGCUCGAGUAAUUAUUUCAGUCUGCAGAGCUCCACACCAGAAGUACCAUCUUUUGAGCAACCUCCGGCACCACCACAAACCGCAAACUUUGCUCCUCCGCCUAGAAUUGACAACGUGAACACACCACUACAGUCAGCUUACCUUCCACUAAACCCACCAACAUUCCAGUCAGAAAACUUACCACCACCACCAACAUUUUUCGCACCGGCUGAGAUUCCUGCCGUUCCGAGUUUACCGCAAAAUCAACCGUCCAAGAACCCGUAUAGUUCAAACCGACUUUCGAGAGGAGUGGGAUUGUAUAAGAAUCCCAUAGCAUCACCAGUUCCUACAGCACCUGUCACAUUUCUACCGAACAACGAACCUCCAAAAGUAACUUCUCCAGCAGCUUACUUCCAGCACUCAACUCAUCAACCUCCUGUUUCCGUUUCUACCGAGCAAAGCCAACCAUCGCCACCUGUACAGUUCUACAAUCCUGUAGGACCAAUUCAUAAACCAUCACCCACGCCUCCAAGAAGUAGUGAACCUAUAACAGCAGUGGAUGCCGCAAUCGCUAAUUCCCGGCCCCAGUCGUCACUAAGCGAGUCGUUAAGUCGCAAAGCGAACCUCUUUGCUCCCUUUGAGGAAGACCCUCGGCCGGAAGCUAAAACAAUUCUAGACAGUCGCUCGAAAUCGAGUGAAAACGUUUUAUCUCCUCCACCAAGGCCCAACUCGAACCUCAGUGAACCGGCUUUGUUCAGUGACGGUCAACCGAUAAGUUUAUUUAAACCCGAUAUUGUUGAAAUAAAACAAUCGCUUGCACAAACUUUCAGUCAUUUCAAUCCUUCCGGUGUGACUAUACCGGAAGGCACUAAGCAAGCUAACAAUCAGUGGAUUCCUCCGCCGGUUGUACCUCAGCAAUCGGUUGCAACGGUAUCCGCAGUAAACUUUUUCGAUCCAGUACAAUCUUCAAAUCAGCCUCCCAGUACUCUUCCACCGCCACCAUCUAUCGGAACUGUUGGAUCUAAGCCCUACAAUCUCCAGAAAACACGUCGAAGUGCAUAUACAGUGCCACCAAGUUUAGCUACCACCGCUCCUGUAGCUACACCCGCUCAAGUAUCCCAAUUGUUCUUCGAGUCAGCUGCCCCAGUUGUUCCACCAGAGCAUCAAGCAGCGUUUUUCAAUCCGCAACAACUACCAACAGCACCUACUUCGUAUUUUAAUCCGAUCGCAUCCUCCCAGCAGAUAGCAGAUCGUAACGCAAACCCAAUCGAACAACCGAUACCACAAAAGCCUUUUAGUCUUUUCGAGAGUCCCAUAACUCAAAAGGACAGUAAUUCCAAUCAACCUUCUCAGCAGGUUCCACCAGCCACAGUUAAUUUCUUCUCCAAUAACCCGGCACCAGCAGACGUACUAAACGCGAAUUUUUCAACUUUACAACUUUCGCAAAACAAACCAUCACUGUCGAAUCCGUCGGACUUCUUCAAUAUUCCGGCACCCAGUGAACCAACGGUAACAGCAACGGGUCAGACUCAAUCGCAAUUCUUCAACUUUUUUGGCCAACCGCCGUUACAAACAGCGCUACCGUACACACCUGUGUUGGAGUCAGCCGAUCAUAGGCCGCCUCUUGCAAGUGCCUUAUUCGGCGCAGAUCGGGACCAAGUUGAUACCGCGACUAAUACCGGCGAGCAACCAUCGAGCGUGGAAAACAACGAACAACCGAUUCAAUUAAUCGAACCGAGCGGCGAAGAGAUCGAGGAGGAGGAAGAUUCUUCGGAUAGUGCAGCCAACCGAGCGCGGGCCAUCAACGAAAGUCAACUUGACGACCGGUACGACGACCCAGUGGAGCAGGAACGCAUCGGGAACGCACCGGAACCGAUCUUCAGCAGCGAUAAUCUGUUUGAGUUCAAAAAGUCUGCCUUCGAGGACGACACCUAUUCCAAAGACGUACUAAUCGACGCCAACAGUAGCAGCAUGGCAGCAAUGACGGCCACUGCGGCAGCCGCCACCGGUGGUGGUACCUCGGCAGCCGCUGUAGACAGUUCGAUGGCAUCGAUAAGUGAAACCACGAACGUCGCGUACAGACCAGUAUACCGGCAUUGGUUUUUCAAGCGGGAAAUCGAAUCCAAAUGUAUAUGGUCACCAUUUUCUAUGAGUGAUUCCUUGGCCCUGGAAGAUGCUCUACCUACGGUUGAUAGAGAAAAUGAUGCUGGUCCAGUGGUAAUCCACGUAGACGGUGGACGGCACGAUGUGCUUGUCAAGGAGCGUAGAAUGUCUCCCGUUUAUUGGAAAGGAGCCUCGCAGGAAGUCCGAAGAUGCUCUUGGUUUUAUAAAAAUGUCGACUCCAGGUUCGUACCGUACGACGAAGAAGUAGCAGAUUUAUUAGAACGAGAAUAUAAAGAUGCUGCUACUUCGGGAGAGUGGCAUCGGCGAGUGACGAUUCCCAAUGGCGAAACGGUGGUUUUCCACGGACCAUCAGUAAUCGUUCACUUUCUGCAAACGCAAAACCCUGAUUCAUGGGGUACCAACUCACCGGUACCACCUACAACUAACAGGCCACGAGUUGUGAAACGUGGCGUCGACGAGUUUAACAUCGAAGACGGAGAACCAGAAAAGGUUGAUCAUCUCCUGUUUAUGGUACACGGAAUCGGGGAAGCAUGUGAUCUUCGUUUCCGACCAGUGGAAGAAGUUGUCGACGAAUUCCGUAGUAUUUCAGCACAGUUGGUACAGAGCCACUAUCGUUCUUCUUUCGACCGGGGUGAUAUCGGACGUGUUGAGGUGUUACCGAUAUCUUGGCACAAUGAUUUACACUCAGAGGAAUCUGGUGUUGAUAAGAAGCUGAAGGCAAUCACGUUGGAAUCGAUACCAAAACUGCGCAAUUUUACUAACGAUACCUUGCUUGAUGUCCUAUUCUACACGAGCCCGAUGUUCUGUCAGAGCAUAAUCGAUGCUGUCGGAAAGUCUCUCAAUCGCCUUUACUCGCUAUUUCUGCAGAGGAAUCCCAACUUCAACGGUGGCGUUUCGUUGGCUGGCCAUUCACUUGGAUCGUUGAUUUUGUUCGAUUUGUUGUGCCACCAGAAGGGACAGCCAAUGGAGACGGAAAAUUCGGAUACUUUUCAGGAAAACCCAGACGGUGAUCGAGUGCCUGCGUUGCACAGGAUUCAUCCUAGCCACCGGCCGUUAUCGCGCAAAUGCUCCCAGCAAAUCAACUACGAAGUUGGACCGGCAGGGACGGGUCAACCCUACAUCGCCUACCCGCAGUUGUUGUUCAACCCGAAGAAAUUUUUUGCCCUCGGCUCUCCGAUCGGCAUGUUUGUAACAGUUCGCGGUAUAGAUGCUCUAGGCUUGGACUUCAGGCUACCCACAUGCGAAGGAUUUUUCAAUAUUUUCCAUCCUUACGAUCCUGUAGCAUAUCGGAUCGAAGCUCUAGUCAAUACGGAACUGAGCAACCUCCGACCAGUUUUGAUUCCGCAUCACAAGGGUCGUAAACGGAUGCAUCUAGAGCUCAAGGAAACAAUGGUAAGAGUCGGAACUGACUUGAAACAGAAGGUGUUGGAUACAUUCAGGAACACGCUGGAUGCCGUAUACUCGAUGACAUCCUUGAACCGAAACGACCAUAAAGCAAUCGAACAUGAAGUGGAUAAGGUUAUUGAAGAUCAGCUAAAGUUCGAAACCUGUUCCUCGGCAACCACCGUUUCGUCGGGUGAUUUAGAAACCGGUGAUACUGAUUUACCCCUUGGCCAACUGAACCAAUCGCGACGAAUUGAUUACGUUCUGCAGGAAGCUCCACUCGAGUUCUUCAAUGAAUAUCUCUUUGCUUUGACCAGCCACGUUUGUUAUUGGGAAUCGGAAGACACCAUGCUGUUUUUGAUGAAGGAAAUUUAUUCCAGUAUGGGAGUUGAAAGCGACAGCCAGAUACCGCAGCAAUCGAUGACUAUCGAAAGACCGAUAUCCAGCCCUACCCCAUCCAAUUCGUCGCACUCUAACUAUAACCUGUUUCCUCAUGCACAGCCCCCGCCAAGUGUAAGUAACCGAUAAAUUCAUGCUAUAUAUGUUCAGAAGUUUAUCACUAAGAGUUAGAUUCUACGAAUUGGCAACCUAUAUUGUAGUAGUUUUGGUUAUAUAUUUUGGUUUUGGAGUAAAAUUUCGACGGAAACUGCUAUUUAUAAACACAAUAAAACGAUCUUUGGCAAACAAAAAAUUAAAAAUGUGAUCAUGAGUUAAAGUUCGUUUUGUUUAAAACGUUUUCAAAAACACUAAGGAUAUUUAUAUAUAUUUUAAUUACAAGCUACAAUAAUCGUUUGUAGAAUACAUUUUAGAAAUAACAUGACCUGUUGUAGAGUUUAACUGAAACUAGAACAUAGGUAAUAUUUUUAUCAAAUAUUAUAGUUAUUGUCGUAAA